AGCUACAAGUCAGAUGCAACCUACCAGUGCGAGGAAGGCGUUGCCUUGUUUCGACGAGCCCGCCUUCAGAGCUGUCUUCAACACGACUAUUGAACAUCGCUCCUACAUGGCCGCCAUUACAAACGGUAUUGAAAUCAAAGAAGAAGACUUAGCAGAUGAAUGGACAAGGACCACCUACCUUCCAACCCCCAAAAUGCCCACCUAUCUUCUCGCCUUUACGGUCGGCACAUUUGACUACACGGAGAAUAUCACCGCCAACGGCGUUCGAUUCCGUGCAUGGUCUCGACCCGAGGCCGUGAACAACACCCGGUACGCACUUGAAACCGGCUCAGAGAUCAUCACCUAUUUCGAAGACUAUUUCGGUAUCCCAUUUCCUCUAGAAAAGCAAGAUAUGAUCGCAGUGCCCGACUUUGCAGCGGGGGCCAUGGAGAAUUGGGGCCUCAUCAUCUACAGAGAGACAGCCAUGUUGUACGACCCUGAGGUUAACUCGGCCAGCAACAAACAGACUGUUGCCGUCGUGGUUUCCCAUGAACUUGCUCAUCAGUGGUUCGGUAAUCUCGUUACUCCUAAAUGGUGGGACGAUCUUUGGCUCAACGAGGGAUUCGCAAGCUACGUCGAAUACCUCGGCGUUGACUUUACAGAGCCCACAUGGGGCAUGAAGGAACAGUUCGUAAUUAACGACUUAGAACCAGUCUUUGAGCUCGAUUCCUUGGGAACUUCUCACCCGGUUCGUGUCGACGUAGGUGCUCCGGCAGAAAUCAAUGAAAUAUUUGAUUCGAUUUCUUACAACAAGGGUGGUUCCAUUCUGAGAAUGCUGAAUAACAUCCUGACAGAGGAAGUGUUUACACGGGGCCUUACAGCUUAUCUUAAGGAACAUGCCUAUGGCAACGCUGACUCGGACGAUCUUUGGAGUGCCUUAACGGAGGCUGACAAAGAUGACGGUGGCCUCGACGUGAAAGCCAUCAUGGACACCUGGACAUUACAGAUGGGCUAUCCUCUAGUCACCUUAGAACGAACAAGUCAAAGAACAGUAACGGCUUAUCAGGAACACUAUCUCUCUAACCCAUCUGAGGGUGUCAGUCAGGAAUACGGAGAUCAGGGGUACUUAUGGCAAGUUUACCUCCAAUACACGGACAAGACAACCAACAACUUUAUUAUGCCAAACUCAGCUUGGAUGAAAAAAGAACGUUCUAUCGAAUUCGAGCUUGCAGAUACUGUGGAUGAAAAUGACUGGUACAUGGUGAACACUUACCAGUAUGGCUUCUACAGAGUAAACUAUGAUCAUGAAAACUGGAUGAGGUUGACCGAUCAACUCAUGACUGACCACAAGGUUUUCCCUAACGAAAAUCGUGCUCAACUGAUUGACGACGCGUUCAGCCUUGCCCGCACUGGCAAUAUCUCCAUGGAAACCGCGCUAAAUCUCACUAGAUACCUUGGAAACGAAAAGGAUCUUCUGCCAUGGGAGGCCACACUGGACUACAUGUCCUACAUCACUAACAUGUUCAGACUCAGUGGAGGCUUUGGCCCUCUAGAGUUGUACAUGCAAGCUUUGGUGGAGCCUCUCUACGACUCUCUAGGCUGGAAUGACACUGACGAAGUCCUUGAGCAAUACAAUCGAAACAACGCCAUUCGUGUAGCGUGCUACUACCGCGUGACAGACUGUCUGGACCAAGCCUCCAAACUCUACCAAGAUUACAUGCAAAAUCCUGAUAACAACCCCAUUAGCAACAAUCUCAAGACCACUGUGUACUGUAACGGUAUCCGUGAUGGCGGUCAGACCGAGUGGGAGUUCGGCUGGAACAAGUACCUCUCGUCCUCCGAUUCCUCAGAGAAAUCAAAAUGGCUGUCGGCCCUUGGUUGCUCUAGACAACCCUGGAUUCUCAACCGGUACCUGAUGUAUACGGUGGCAGAAGACACCCAGGUUCGAAGCCAGGACGUCUCGUCCGUACUGUCAGCCGUGGGCAACAACCACAUCGGUAUUGAUCUCGUGUGGGACUUCUUGCGUAACGAUUACGACAAGAUCUAUGAUUUAUUUGCUACCAGUAUAUUCACCUUCUCCAGCAUUAUUUCUGCUGUGCCGCAAAACUUCAACACCGAGCAACUUUUAGAGGAGUGGAUAGCGUUCGGUGAGGGGAGGGAUUUCGGUCCUGCGACGAGGACUUACGAGCAAGGAACCGAGACCAUCAAGAUCAACAUCCAAUGGAUGGAGAAGUAUGAGGACUCGAUCACCGAGUGGUUAAUGAGAGCUCUAUAGAAGGAAACA